GGUUGGUGGAGCAUUGUCAAGACGGACCUAUUUGGCGCAAAAAAAAGAAAAAAGUUGCAAACAUUGCCAAACAAGCAAAUGAAUCUGGGGAUUGAUUGGCCUUUGCGAUGGUGGUUGUGUUGCAUCUCCUUGGCCUCGGCGAAUUGCUGCAGAACUUGCAGGCACGAAGAUCAGUCUUCGGGGAAGUUGAGCGCAAUAUAUAUAUAGGUUCAGCCUCCUGAUGAGUCGGUGAAACUCCGACGAAACAGUUUGUCACAGCCCCUCGUUUGUUGUCCUCUUCUCUCUCUCUGCCUACGGUUUACCGGGCAGUUCUAUUUGUGACGAUAUAUAUAUAAUAAAGAGGAGGAAAUGGCAGUGAUGGAAGUUUUGAGUGAAACUGUGGACGGGCGUUUGUCUGCAUCUGACUCUGAUGACAAUUUGCCCCCGAAACGAAGGCUUAAAAGACAUCAUCAUGACAGGCAUACCUUGGGAGGAAGAAGGGACCCUGCUGUCAGUGAGUCCAGCGGCGAAAGAUCAGAUGCUAGUGAGAAAGGCGGUGGUGCUUUCGAUCGCACAAGACGUACAGUUGUCACGGAGUCGAAGACGAAAGUGCAGAAAUGGUUGAUGACGCUCAGCAGCAAGAACCGCGCAUGCGCGUAUGAACUGCUGGCGAUCGCAGGUCCCGAGUGCCUCGAAGAGACAAUGCAGAUGGUCAAGCGAUGGAGUCACGAUGCACAGAGACAUGGUCUUGCACCAUCGAAGGAAACAGACGAUUGCUACGACAGGGUAAUGGAGCUUGGCGGGGUGAGGUCGGUAGAGUUGGUGUCAACGAUAGCACAGGAGGUAGUAGAAUCGAUUCUCUGUGGACGGAAGAAACAAAGACAUGCGAAUGACCGCCGGGGCGUAGAGCUGGCGAUGCUGCGGCCCUGGCCUUGGCGCCCUCAGAGUGUAUGCCCGUCCUUGGGAUAUUCGACGCUGAGGCAUAACAAGAGGAAAGCCAUCUGGCAGGAGCUCCGUGAAGUUGGAGGAUCUGCAGCUCUCGAGAUUGUUGAAGACCUGCUUGAAAAGCGAGAUCGGAAGUCGAAUAUUCAGCAAGUGUGGCUUGCGUAUGGAAGGUUGUUCGAAUUGGCGGGAUAUAAGGGACUGGCGCUGGGCACACAAUUCUUGGAAGAUGUCCAGUUCUGGGAUGACUAUGAACAAACACUCAAGCAGCACUCUGCAGAGCCCACACCCCCAAGGACACCCACCACCUCUCCCCUGUGGAAUACUCUCCCUUCUGACGUCGGCAGCUGGCUGCUUCAGCAUUUGAAAAGACAUGGCAGCAGGGACGGGACUGAGAGAGCCUGCGCUGGUUCAGAAUCGGAGCCAGAUGCAGAGACCAGCGGAAGCGAUUUUCUUCAGUACCUUGCAAGAGGAAGAAAACGUGCCUGCUCUCCGGAGUAUGAGCUGGUUCUCUCUGGAGCUCAGAAGACCCUGAAGUUGGCUUAUCGACUGCUACAGCGGCUGGAGUCCCGCAAGAGAGAGAUUCCCCGAGAUGUCUACGUUGAGGCGCAUCGGCUGGGAUGCAGGGAAAGGGCUCUUAUAGGAGCGAUCAUUGCGCAGGCUGGGCCUGUUGGGUUACGCGUUGCAGAUUUUCUUGUGGAUGAUAUGUGGAGGACCAUCGGAUGGUGCCGGUGGUUAGGCAAGGGACUCGCGUACUACAAGUGUAGCGAAACGUGCAUGUGGGAAAUGCAGCAGCUUGGACAGCUGUCUUUCUUUGGAGGAACGCAUGCUCUCGAACUGGGCGAAGAAAUUCUUGAAGGACUGCAUAGGGGGACCAUUUCCCAGCAAAGUUUGAGGGUUCUUGUAAGGGAGGUUCGGAAUGCGGCUGGGGAAGAGGGGAUGGUCUUGGCAUGCCAGUUGGUUGGAGGGCUGGGUCGGCAGGUCAACGCUGACACACCAUGGUCCUUCUUCUUUUCCCUGAGUAUCGCGGAGGAUCAGAGCUUGAUUAGGUUCUUGCGGAUUCUCGGCGGCAAAAGGGGAGCGAAGCUCGGACAAAGGCUGCUGCAGGAAGACGCUUACUCUUCUGAGUACGCGAAGGAGGUCCUAACCAAGAUGCACAAGGUAAUGGGGCCCCUUGGUCGGGAUAUCGGCAAGUACCUCUGGUCCAGGUGCAAAUCCAGAGCAGAACUGGAACACUGGUGGUUGCUCCGGCACGUUGACGGGCAGGAAAGGACGGAUGCGGAGGAGGCUCGAUUCGAAGGGUUGGCGGCUAGAAAGCAAUGGGUGGCAGUGUUCAAGAUGCAGGCGCAUGAGAGGCUGGUGACAAAGCUAGAAAGUGCCAAGGAGAGAGAGAGAUGCUCCCCGGGCACGCUCUUGGAAACCCUCCGCACUCUGAGUAAGGAAGAGGCGGAAGCACUUGGCAGUCAUUGGCUUUUGCCAGACAUGAUAAUGAAAUUGGCUUUCAAUCAGCGGUGGGGAUCUGUCAGGGAGUGCUUAAUCACACAGACAUCUUCAGCCGACCAGCAUUGCAUCGAGAAUGUUUUGCUGCGAACCCUUGAAUUAUUCCGAAGGCAUCAGACUCGGCGUGUUGCCGACCUCCUUCAGUUGGAGCUGGCAGUCACCGUCCUGGACGACCACAACCAAUUGUCUUCCAAGGUACUCAGAAGAGGAGGUGGUUUGGUGACCUCAGCCUCCAGCAGCAUUGUCCUCCUGUUGACAGGGAGGAACGCGGAGGAGGGACCAGCAUGGUUCAAUGAGAAAUUCCAGCAGCUCGGGAACUGGGAUUUCGAACCUGGAGUGGUGUUCGAUGUGCAUGUUUACGUCCGGGACUUGAUGAUCAGCGUCCUGCCCUGUUCUGUCUGGUCGGAUGACCGGAGCAGCUUGUGCAAGAAUCUGGCAGGGAAAGCAGUUUUGACGGAAUCGGAUGCAAUUACAAUGUCAGCGAGCGACUACCUAGAGCAGAAAGCCUGGGCUUUUGCGAGACUACGGCUAUUUGCAACCCCAUCGAGAUGGGAAACGUUUUCCUGGCUGUUGCAGCAUGGUCUUAGAGGCCAACAUAUCUCUGGCCUUCAGGAGAGGAGGGGUCUUGUAAAGCACACAUUCAAUCUCGCCAGGCUGAAAUACAGAAAGUAUAUGAAGUGUAUGAUAACCAGAAUGGAGAUGGUGAUCUCUGUGAAGCCCGAAUUACCAUCCUUGUCCUCCUCUUCCUCGUCUUCCUCCUCUUCCUCGUCAGAAACAGAGACUGUGCAAAGUGAGGUAGAGAUUGUGUCUGAGGAAGAGGAGGAAGUUCCAAAGUCAGAGGUGGUGGAGGGAACCUACAGUCUAGACUUCGAACACCAGGAAGUAAUGUUGGAGGAACACGGUAGCCUUGAGCAGACCAAAGAUGAUAUCGAGUUUUACGAGGAGGAGAUGAGAGAGGAGCAUGUGCAGCUAGAACAGACAAUUGAAGAGAAGAAAGAGAGUGAUGUGCGGAGUCAGCACGAGGAAGUUUCAAUGGUGAUGGGCACAACUAGUGCAGAGAUUACUAGAGAGAGCUCGAAAGAGAAGCAUGAGGAGGCAGUCCAAGAACAUCAUGCAAAGGAGCAGCUGCAGGAAACGGCAGUGCAGAUGAUGCAGGACACGUCAGAUCAGAAGCAGGCGCAGAAGGACACAGAGGCAGCAGUGGAGGAGGAAGAGGAGUCGGCACUUAAAAGCGAACAAGAGACAGGAGUGCAGGUAAAUCAGGAGAUGAUGGUGAAGACGCAAGAGGUGGAGCGGUCAUCAGCCACACAGAAGGGAGUGGAGAUGAAGAAGGAAGUAAAGGAAGAUGGGGAGGAGGAGGCUGCAUAUGUUGAAAGUGCAGUGGAAACAAAGACGCAGCAAGGGACAGCUGUGCAGCAGGAACAGAUGGAGACUGCGGACACAGAAGAGAUGGUGACAAGACAGGAAACAGUUAUGGAGAAGGGACAGCAGAUGGUAGUCCAGAAGGAAGGUGUUGCAGAGGGGGAGAAGGAAGAAGAGGUGAUAGAGCACAAGGAAGCCAUCAAGGUGGUGGAGGCACAGGAGACAUCAGUGCAGAAGAAGAGCGAGGUGGGACACGAGCGGAUUCAAAGUGAGGCCAAGCGGGAGGAAUCAGUCAUUGGCGAAGACUUUGUGCAGGUCUCGCCGUCAGGGAGCCAAGAUGGAGAGCAGGAGGUGGUGAAGUCUAAGACCCAAGAGAGUGUUAGCAAUGGAGAGGAUGAAGGAGGGAAGUCUGACGAGAGCGUGGGAGGGGAUUUUGUGAAAGUAGACACUGAACAGCACAGAGAAGACGACGAGGAGACGGAGAUGACGGCUGAUGUCCACGGAAAGCAAAUCCGUAGAAUACCUGUCAGGAGAAAGAAGAAAGUGGACGACCAGGUCGAGGAACAGAGCGAGGUGUUGAAUGAUGAAACGGUUUCGACAGAAACUAGGACGGAGGAGAAGCCGAGCAGUGCAGCAGUGUACGUGCAGAAGGCAGAUGCAGAGGGUGUAUGCGUCCAGCACGAGAAACAGGGAGAGAAAGGGGGUGAGCACGGUGCUCUGGAAACGACCUCCGUCAUCACCCAGCAAGAGGAACACACUGUGGGAGAUGAUUUCGUGAAGGUCGAGGCAGAACAUGCAGAGGAGGUGGUUGACGUGGUCCAAGAACAGAAACGAAUUGCUUCUCAAGGCGAAGUUGUCCAUGUGGAAGAUGCGUCAGCAGUGCAGGAAAAUAAAGGGGUUGAGGAGGGAGCACAUGUUGAAUGUACGGAGGAUACCGAUGGGUACGUGGAGGAGGAGAUGGUGAUGGAAGUAUUGGCAGUCACCUCUCACGGUGCGGUCGCGCAAUCCGUGACAACGCAGGUGAGCUCGUCAGCAAUGCAAACAUCUGCUGCGGAAGCCAGUGUAGUUGUGGAGACCACGCAAGAAAUCGGUAAGACUUCAAGAACAGAAUCGUUGGAAGACAAAGUCGGCAUCCACGAAGAAGUUAUGAAGUUGGUUACUGAAGAAACAGGAGAAACACACGAUGUGUCGCAGAAGUUGGAAAACGUUAGUGAGACAAAGAUCACAGCAGAAGAUCCUUAUGCGCCGAGCGUGCUGAUCACUACAGGUCACUCAGAAGUGAAGAUGGCUGAAGAGGUGAUAAUAGAGGAAGAGUCGAAGGAAGAGGAGAGGGUGGAAAUGGCAGAAACCAGCUUGUACCAAAAGAUGGAGGAGGUUAGUGAGACAGAGACCACCUCAGAAGAUCCUUAUGCAACGAGUGUGGUGAUCACGGCAGGUCACUCAGGAAUGACGAGCAUGGAAGAGGUGAGAAUAGCGGGUGCUGAGGGGGGUGGGCAGGGACGUCAGCAAACGGGUUGGAUAGCUCAUGAUAUGUAUGGCGAAGUAGAAGCAGCGGAAUCAACAGAAGCCACAGGUUAUGGAGUCGAAAAAGCUGAAGAGAAGAUGGAUGAGAAGCUGGAUGUGUCAAGUGCUCACCCAUAUGCCGGACCCGAUGAAGGAGAAGUAGCUGCUGACGAAUCACAGAAACACGCUGCAGAAUUAAUCUUGGCCGAGCCUGACCCGUAUGCAACGUCGGAGGAAAAGGUAGUCGAAGUCGUGAAAGAGGAAGCUCAAGUGCUUGCUCUGGCAAAGUCGGAGGAGAAGGUAGUGCAAGUCGUAGACGAGCAGGUUCAAGUGCACGGUCUGGCAAAGUCGGAGGAGACGGUAGCGAAAGUCACGGAAGAGGAGGCUCAAGUGCUUCAUCUUGGAUCUCCGGAUCCCUAUGCAGAACCAGGAGCAACAGCAGUAGCAGUAACAGCACAGGAACACGAAGAAAGCACAGAGGGACUGGAGGUCCAUGAAGAGGAGCUAGUGCCCGCAGCGGCAUCAUUUCCAGAAGGAGCGGGGGUGGAAGCAUCAACAGACAGAGACAAUGAAAAGCGCUUGGAGGUGAAAACCCGGCAAUUUAUUGUGGGAAACGAACUAGCGAUGGCCGAGAAAGAAGAAGAAGACGCUGAAUCGGUAGAAAGUCAGGAAGCGGUUGUCUCGGUGAUAGGUGAAACGGUUCUGGUCUCCUCGAGUUUCCUUCCGAGUGAAACUAAAACUGAGCUAGAUCCGGAAGAAGGUGUACUGUCAGAGAGGCAUGUGGCCGACUCGUCAGAGAUGCACGAGCAGAGCUCGUCCUUUGCCUUGGAUGCCCCUCUCCCAGCAUCUCUCGAAAGCACAGAAAUGUUGUCGUCCUCGUCGUCAACAAUGGACGCGGAAUUCUACUCGGAGGGGAAAAUGGAUGAACGAGGGCUGGUGAAGGAGGAACGACAAGAAGAAUGGGGAGUAGUAGUAGUAGAAGAAGAAGAAGAUCAGCAUGUCUGGGCUAAGGAGGAGAUUGUAACGAACAAGGAAGAGGAAUCGUCGAUGACGCGUGUAGUUGAAUCGUCAGAGGUCCAGGAGCAGACCUCAUCACGUGCAUCCGAUCCUUCUCUUCCGGUAUCGUUUCAGAGCACUGCAAUGUCGCCAUCCAUGUUACAUGCUGAAUAUUACGCUGGAGUGGAGACCUCACAACCUGUCGACCCUGAGACUCACGAGGACGGGGAAGGAGAGGAGGAAGGAGAAGGAGAUUGGGUGGAAGAGAUAGAGGAGGUUGAGGUUGUUGAGGAAGUCGAGGAAGUCCAUGAGCUGCCCUUUAACUGUCCUGAAGUGCCUUCCGAGCACCACACCUUCAAGCUUCAACAGCGAACUGUUGAGCAUGGAGAGAUUUGUCGGCCAACAACUCCGUUUGAAGUCGCCGGGUGUCAAACAGUUGGCGGGAAUGACUGUGAUGAACAAUGUGCAAACCAUCAACCUGUGCAUUGCAACAAACCUCAGAACCAGCUUCCACAAAGCGACCAAUCACCGGAGGACAGUGAGGAUAGCGCGGUCGAUACUGUGCGGACGACCUCGCUACGGCGAAGCUCGGUCAUGUCCAGGCAAGCCGCGAAGCUCCAACACGCCGGCAGAGUCCUGGGAUCAAACAAGAAGGACGGUGGUUCGGUUCUCGGUGCGGUUCAUCGUGAGGAGGAUGCAGAAAGGAGGGUGAAGACGCAGACGCUUCGGGAGAGUUCUUUUGUGUCUGGUGUCCGUGCGUACAUUCAGAAGAAGAGUGACAACUCUCUGUGCAAGAAGUAUCUGGUCAGGGGCAGCAAAGAGGGAGAACAGGCAGUUUGGCGCCACUUGGACCAGCGGGGAUGGAGAGAAAAGGAUGUGAAGUACAGGUGGGAGGAGGAGGAGAUUGACGGCUAUGCUGCACUUAUCCUGACUUCUCGGGAGGCUGGAUCAGUUCUGUCGUCACAUCUGGCUGCUGCUGAAGGAGAGUCAGCGGCCAUAGCCGAGGAAGUGAUGGUGUCAGCAACCAAUCGCCUCUACGAGCAAUUGCUCCGCGACGGGAUAUCACCCGUUAAAAAGGAGCUGCUAGAAGCUGAGGAGAUCUUAAAGGUGAUCUGCUGCAGACAUGCUGACAGAAAAGACCUGGCAUGGGCGCUUGCUCAAGCUGAGGAGUUGUUGAGCAUACCGGGAAGUGCGCAUGAAUCUCUUUGCGCAGGAACGGAGUCUGACAGGAGGAAGGUACUGGCUGCCAUGUUGAUGAAGAAGAGAGCAGACGAUGUUGCCGAGCUGCAUAGCAGAGCAGCAGAGGCAAGCUGGCACUCGAAUCAGAUAGCUGUGAACUUUUCGGCGGUGUGGGAUGCGCUGUGUCUGAAGAACAAGGACCAUCUACGCAGCCUUCAGAAUGCGGAGAAAGAGGUUCUCUUCAUUUUCAACAUUGCAUGUUUCAUGAAGGAGGUUGCAGUGCACGGAACGUCUCUAGGACAGGUGCUGAUGGCUGGUGCCAAGUAUUUGGUGGCGGCAGUGGAAGCGCUCUGUUCUGUCGCAUUCAAGAAUUUGACUUUGAGGGAGGAGCUCCCUGAGAGUGUUCAUCAUCUUCUGAGGGCCAUCUGCAAGUACGACAAAAAACUUGAUUCAAAGUCCGCAGCCGUGGUUCUGUCGAAUAAGACACAGCGCCGCCAAGAGGGCGACAGCAAUACAGAGCAGGUGGUGCCAGACUGCAGUCAGUGUUGUGCAUUGCACGAUGGCAGUCCUUCUCCAAAGGGAAGAAAGCGGAGGAACGACAAGCCGUCGGCAGCGGCGACUUGGAGAACGCUCGAGUGCGGCGGGGAGCAGACUGUCGAUCGGCGCUCGGACGUGUUGCCGUCCUGGUGCGUCUACAAUCGGAAGGAGGAGGACGACGACAAAGAGGACGAUGAGGAUUACUCGGCGAGCGGCAGCAACUUGGAAUCGUCGCCGUUCCAAUGCGGGUAUGCAUCGGCAUUUUCCGGCGCAGAAAGCGAGGGCGCCGGCACGGACACGACCUGGAAACAGUACGACCUGUUGAAGAAAAAGGUGAAGAUAGUGGAGAAGUUACUUCGAGAGACGGUGAAGCUGUUGGUCGACGAGGCGGACGACGAGUGGUGUGUGGCGACAAGCGGCGUCUGGAAGAAGGACGUGAAAUGGCAUGUCGGUUUGUGGCAGUGGCUGCGAAUGUCGUGGGAAAUAGCGAAAGUGAUCGAUCCAGCGGUGCACGAAGGCCAUCUCCGUUCCCUGCUGCCAAAAUGGAAUCCGAAAGAUUGUGGCAAUUUGUCCGAGGCAGAAGUAGUGGAGAUGUAUGCGGAAAGCUGCCUGCGAAAAGUUCCAGCGUUCAAGAGGCUUUUUGGAUCUCCGGGAGAGUCUAACCAUCGCCAAGAAAAUGGAGUGGAUCCUCGAGUUGAGUGGCUAGUGAAUGAUAUCUGGCGACUCACAUUCGGGACGACCAUCUGGUUUGAGUUCAUGGGAGAGGAGAACUGGUCUUGGUUGUGAGAGCGACAACGGCCUUCUUGCAGAGUUGGUCAAACUCCGAGGGAACACUCAUGUCUCAGCCCCUCUGUUGUUUUCCUCUUCUGAGUCUUCCCCCCCUCUCUGCCUGCAGUUUUCCUAGCAGUUCUGUUUUACGAUAUUUGUUUUAACGAUAUAUAUGCGUUUUUUUUAAUACAUAUGGGUGUUCGGCCGAGCGUCAGAUUGAAGAGCAUUUAGAAAGUUAAAAGGGGGGAAAAAAAGAAGUUAAAAAAACAGAGUAGGCUCAUUUAGAAUAAGAUUAACUUUAAGAAGAAGAUCAAGAUUGAGAUUAGAUUAGAUUAGAUUAGAUUAGAUUAGAUUAGAUAUAGAUUAGAUUAGAUUAGAUUAGAUUAGAUUAGAUAUAGAUUAGAUUUAGAUAAUAAAUUAGAUUAGAUUGG